AUGCCCUCCGAACGCCGCCAACCCCCUCAGGUCACGCUCCGCCAAGGCGUGUACCGGGGCAAAUACCUCGCGUCGACGAGGAUCCGGCCGAAAGCCCUCGACGUCUUCCUCGGCAUCCCGUACGCGCAAGAGCGGGCAGGAGGGAUCAAGUUGCCGGUGCUGGUGUACGUGCACGGCGGGGCGUUCAACAUGGGGUUCGGGGCGGACAGGGACCUCGCGUCGUUUGUGGCGCACGCGAAGCGGGACGUGGUGGCCGUGAGUUUCAACUAUAGGCUCGGGGUCCUCGGGUUCCUGGCGGCGGCGGAUGGGCCGGACGGCGCGCGGGGGCUCAACUUGGGGUUGCGGGAUCAGAGGGUGGCGAUGGAGUGGCUCGGCCACCACAUCCUCAGCUACCCGCCCAAUUCCGCCCCUUCCAGCGCGCCAUCCUCGAAUCCGGCUCCGCCACCUCCCGCGCCAUCUGGCACCCUUCCCACCCGCGCCAAACGACGCAACUCGCCGAAUUCCUUGCCGCCGCCGGCGUCCCCCGACACCGCAGAGGACCCUUUCCCCGCCCUCCGCGCCCUCUCCGUCGCCGACCUCACCACCGCCGCCGCCCGCGUAUGGCGCCGCUACGCCGACUCCGUCCGCUGGCCCUUCCAACCCGUCAUCGACGGCGCCGACAUCGUUCCCGACCGACCCCUCGCCCUCUGGGACGCCGCGACCCAGUUCUCGCCCAACAUCCCCAUCAUCACCGGCUUCUGCUCCCACGAAGGCACCGCCUUCCCCGCCGACCUCGACCGCCUCGACGCCCUCUACCCCCUCCACGACCCGGACGCCGACCCAGACUGCCCCCGCACCCCCGCCGACCGCGGCCCGCACUGGGCGCGCCUCCAGGCCGCCUACGCCCACUACGCCUACAUCGCCCCCGUCCUCUACACCGCCCACCGCCUCUCCCUCCUCCCCGCCCCACCCCCGUUUACGUCUACGACCCCAUCGGGGCUCGUCGACGUGUCCACACGCAUGCACGCUUGGUUCGCCGACUUUGUUUCCGCUGACCCGGCCCCCGUCCUGGACGGUUGGCCCGUCUUCCAGUGCCCGCUCCGCGGCGGGCCCGAGGCCGCCAAGAUCAUGGUGUUUGGGCGCGGAAAUGACGAGCGUAUCCCUCCAGAAGACGGAGGCCGGGGUUCCACGGGCGUGUCCGCCGAGGUGAGGACCAUGACCGCGCGAGAGGUCGAGCAGAUCAAGUUUUGGUGGGAUAGGACCGCCCUGAGCCAAGGUUUUGGAGAGCGGGAUCCCGCCUAG